AUGUCAUUAAAUCAAGCAGAAAUUGCCAUCAUUUCACGAAGGGUUCGAGAGGCCAUUGAAUUGCUCUUCAGUGAUUGCAGUCUUCCACGUGAUACCUUUCUCAAAGAAAGAAUUGCAGAAAACAAGGAUGGUUAUGUCGAUCUCGAGACCAUUACACAAUUUAACAGAAUUCAACAAAUUACCACCGAUAUGAAUUUGAUAAUCAAAGCUCUUUCCAAGAGUUUCAUGUUACAAUUCGAUUCUCAAAAUACCAAAAUCAGAAGAAGAGUUGCCUUACCUCCCUCCAUCCAAACCACGCACACAAGAACCUUAUUUGUUAAGAGAUUUCCCCUCAAUGAAUCAAUAGUAACACCUGAAAAAAUUAAGCAAUGUUUCGAUGCCUAUGGGAAGGUCGUUUACGUUGGGCUGAACAGAGAACAACACUCUGAAAAAUUUACGGGAAGCGCGUUUGUUGAAUUUGAUUCGGAGGUGGUGGUUGAAAAGUUGACCUUAAAGAGUGUUGUGGUAAAGUAUAGUAAGGAUGAUGAGGAGGGAUUGUUAUUGAGGAAGGGAAGUGAGAGUCAGCAGAGAAGAUAG